AUGCUGCCGUACCUGUUCCCUGAGCUGUCCACCUUUGCUACAGUCGCCGAUCUUAUCACCCACCUUCGCACUAGUGAUGCCCGCCUGCGUGCCGCCCUUCCCACUGAGUUCUGCGCUAAGAAUCCCCCUCCACUGUACUGGACACUCCACUUCAUAGUCACCCGUCUCCCUGACACCCUCAGCUCAGUUCGAGACCACUUCCUUGCUCGCUGUCCCACUGAGCUCACAGUCGCCCUCCUAGAGGAGCAGCUGCUAGCGGCCGAAAAGAGCAUUGUAGCUGUCGGUGCUGCUCGUGGCGCUCCUCGCACCCCCAUCUUUGAGGGGUGUUCUCCCUCUCCCCUCGCUCCCUCCUACGCUACUGCUGCUGCUGUUGACUUCCUUGGUGCUGAGUCUGCUGGCGCUGCUUCUGCUCCUGGUGGGAGGCGCCGCACCGGCAAGGGCAAAGGGGGCAAGGGUGGCGGGGGUGGCGCUGGGGGGGGAGGAGGUGGGGGAGGUGGGGGGGGAGGCGGUGCUGGAGGGAGCGGUGGCGGGAGCGCUGGUGGGAGUGGGGUCGGCGGUGGAGGGAGCGGUGGCGGUGGUGGCGGCGGCGGCGGUGGCGGCGGCGGCGGCGGUGGCGGUGGCGGCGGUGGCGGUCGGAGCGGUGGUAGUGGUGGCGGCGGAGGUCGGAGUGGAGGCACUGGCUCGGGCCAGAGCUCCCACCAGCAGCAGCGUCCCCAGACGACCCAGCAGCUUCGUGAGUGGCUUGCUCAGCAUGGGACGUCGGGGGGCAGUGGCCGCUGUUCCUAUGUCAUUCGCACAGGUGACCGCAAGGGACAGACGUGUGGGAGGUUCCACACCCCGUACCGCUGCUUCUCCCGCCUUGACGACGCUUGGCGUGAGGAGAUGGGCGAGGAUGUUGAGCGCCCCCGCUGGGCUGAGCUCAUGAGGGCUGGUGUUGAUAUCUUUGCUCUUGACUAUGAUGCUAUUAUUGCUGCCAUGUAUGCAUUGACUGUUAGUGCCGAGGGAGACUGUUACUUGUGUGUGCCGCCUGACCCAGGUAUAGAGCCAGCUGCCCUGGGUACUAGUGAGUCUGCUCUCUCUGGUAUGGUGCCCCCUGUACUUGCUCCCUCCAGUGCUGUCCCCGCUGUUUGCGAGUCUGCUCUCUCAGGUACAGCACCCACAGAGACUGCUCUCUCAGGUACCGCACCGGCUGAGGCCUGUCACACCUUCACCCUUGACUCAGGUGCUUCCCGUUGCUUCUUCCGUGACAGUACUGAGCUCACACCGCUUCCUGCACCGGUCCCAGUCUCCUUGGCUGACCCCUCUGGGGGCCCAGUCCUUGCCCAGUCCACCACUGUCCUCCCUUGUCCGGCGGUUCCGUCUGGCUCGUUGUCGGGUUUCCACCUCCCCUCGUUCUCGACGAACCUGGUGAGCAACGCUGUCCUCCAGGAUCAGUGGGUUGACACCUUUACCCCUGGAGGACAGCGUGUGGCGAUCUGCACGUGCUCCAGGACCGGCCGUCACCUGGCUACGUUCACCCGUCGACCGGGGUCGAGUCUCUACACACUGACCACUGCGUCUCCUCAGGUCGCUGCUGUUGGUCAGGUGUCCGCGUCAGGUCUGGUGGCCCACGCCUGUGAGUGUCGUUCCCUGUCGCACCAGACUCUUCUCUGGCACCACCGCCUGGGUCACCCCUCCUUGCCACGCCUCCGUGGCAUGCACCGUCGCCGCCUUGUGUCUGGUCUUCCCAGGUCCCUCCCUCCCCUCCCUGCCUCGCCUGCGCCGCCUUGCCUUCCUUGCGUCGAGGGGCGGCAGCGCGCCGCUCCUCACUCCUCCUCGUUCCCCCCGACAGAGGCUCCUCUGCAGACCCUCCACCUGGACGUGUGGGGCCCAGCCCGCGUUCGUGGCCAGGGCGGUGAGCGGUACUUUUUGCUGGUUGUUGACGACUACUCGCGUUACACCACGGUCUUCCCCUUGCGCACCAAGGGUGAGGUCCCUGCUGUUCUGAUCCCUUGGAUCCGCACAGUUCGUCUCCAGCUCCGCCGCCGUUUCCGGACGGAUCUUCCUGUCCUGCGUCUGCACUCUGACAGAGGUGGUGAGUUUUCCUCCGAUCUCUUGAGGACCUUCUGUCAGGCGGAGGGCAUCGAGCAGACCUUCACGCUUCCGGACUCCCCACAGCAGAAUGGGGUUGCUGAGCGCCGCAUUGGCCUGGUCAUGGAGGUCGCUCGUACCUCCUUGGUUCACGCGGCGGCUCCCCAUUUUCUGUGGCCGUUUGCUGUCCGGUACGCCGCGCAUCAGCUCAACCUCUGGCCCCGUGUCUCCUUGCCGGAGACCUCGCCCACACUGCGUUGGACGGGGGAGGUUGGCGAUGCGUCGCGCUUCCGGGUGUGGGGUGCUCGUGCCCUUGUCCGCGAUACGUCCGCGGACAAGCUCUCCUCCCGCACACUUCCCUGUGUCUUCCUUGGCUUUGUCCCUGACGCGCCGGGCUGGCAGUUUUACCACCCCACCUCGCGCCGGGUCUUCGCCUCUCAGGACGUCACCUUUGACGAGUCGGUCCCUUUUUACCGUCUCUUCCCCUACCGCACUGCCCCCCUCCCUCCCCCGCCGCUUUUCCUUGCUCCUGGUCCCCCUCCGGUAGACCCCCUUCCCCCUCAGGGUCCUGCUCCUUCAGGUGUUUCUCAGGUAGACCCUCCUCCCGUCGCUGAGCCUGUCGAGGUCACAGGUGACUCAGGUGCUGCUGCAGGUGGUGCUGCUGGGAGUGCUGAGCCUGGGGGUGCUGAGCCUGCGGGUGCUGGGCCUGGGAGUGCUGGGACUGCGGGUGCUGGAGCUGAGGGUACUGUGCCUGAGAGUUCGGCGCCUGGGGGUGCUGAGCCUGGGGGUGCUGCGACUGGGGGUGCUGAGCCUGCGUGUGCGGAGUCUGGGGGUGCUGAGUCUGGGGGUGCUGCGCCUGCGGGUACUGAGCCUGGGGGUGCUGCUACUGAGCCUACGGAGCCUGGGGUUGCUGCGUCUGGGGGUGCUCCGGUUCGGGGUGCUGAGCAGUCUCUCACACCGCAGCAGCUUCGUGACUGGUACGUCCGGCGCUUUCGCCGUCCUAGUGGCUCGGCUGGAGUUGGGGGUGCUGGAGCUGCUCGUCCUGGGGGUGCUCGUACUGGGGGUACUGGAGCUGCCGGGACUGGUUGUUCUGGGAGCACUACGACUGGAGCUGCUGGAGCUGGGGACUCUGGAGCUGGCGGUACUAGCGGAGUUGGAGCUGCCGACUCUGGGGGUGCUCUUCCUAGCGGUGCUGCGGACCCUGGGGGUGGCGCUGCUGCUGGUGCUGCGGACCCACCUGGUGGAGCUGCUGCUGGAGCUGAGGACCCGAGCGGUGGCGCUGCUGCUGGUGCUGGGGACCCGGACGUUGGAGCUCCUGCUGGUACUGAGGACCCGGCCGCUGGAGUCUCUUCUGCUUCUGGAGACGCUGCGCGGCCGCGGCCGUACUUCGUACCGCUCCUUCAGCAGGUUCUUGGGCAGGCUCCUCCUCCUUGUCCUCCUCCCUCCGUAGGGUGUCCCCCGCCUGUCCAGCCGCAGUCACAGUUACCGCCUACCUCGCCUCUCCCUGCUCCCUCUCCUUACACUGGUCCCACAGGAGGUCUUACCGAGCGUCGUGAGCCUGAGUCCCGUCCUGCGUCGCCUGUUCGUACUGCUCGUACUGGUCGUCGUGUCCGUCGUGAGCGUCCUCCUCCUGUCCCAGGCACUCACUACAUGACUCUGCGUCCAUCUACUGCUCCUCAGCGUGUCCCUCUACCGUCUCCUCCUGCGUCCUCUUUGCCUGCCGUUCCGGACCCUGAGUCUGACCGGUAUCGUGCUGAGCACCCUACUGUCACGCGUCUCCUAGCUACUGUUGUCACUGACCCUACCUUUGAGUCCUCGGCUGCGUCUGCUCUGGUCGCUGAGUUGGUUGACUUUGCUGCUGCCUGUUGUCUAGACUACGCUGCUCGCCUUGUUGCUGAGUCUGAGUCUGCGUCUGUCUGUCCUCCGUCCGUCGGGGGUGAGUGUGCUCUUGGCACGGACGUCCUUGAGGACAGGCAGGAGGACUUUGACUCUCUCGCGGCUGCUGUACCUCAUCUCGUGGCCUCGUUGCUUGCCCCUGAGGGAGACCCAGAUGCACUAGACAUCCCUACUCCGCGCACUUACGCAGAGGCGAUCUCGGGUCCCUACUCCUCUCAGUGGCAGACAGCCAUGGACGCAGAGAUGGCAUCCUGGAAGUCCACAGGCACCUACGUCGACGAGGUUCCCCCUCCUGGGGCGAACAUCGUCGAUGGCAUGUGGAUUUUCAGGGUGAAGCGGCCGCCAGGUUCUCCGCCUGUCUUCAAGGCUCGUUACGUUGCUAGAGGCUUCAGUCAGCGUCAGGGGGUCGACUUCUUCCAGACCUUCUCCCCCACCCCGAAGAUGACCACUCUUCGGGUUCUGUUGCACGUUGCUGCUCAGCGUGACUACGAGCUUCACUCUCUUGACUUCAGCACAGCGUUCCUGCAGGGCAGCCUGCACGAGGAGAUCUGGCUGCGCCGUCCACCUGGCUUUACUGGGUCGACUACACUUGCGGCUCUUGGGUUCGCGCCGUCUACUGCCGACCCGUCGCUGUUUCUGCGCACAGACACGUCGCUGCCGCCGUUCUACAUUCUCGUGUACGUCGACGACUUGGUCUUUGCUACUGCUGACACUAAGGCACUCGCUCGUGUGAAGUCGGAGCUGCAGAAGAGACACACCUGCACUGACCUGGGUGAACUGCGUAGCUACCUUGGCUUGCAGAUCACCCGGGACAGAGCUCGCCGCACCAUCACCCUGAGUCAGUCACACAUGGUGCAGCAGGUCCUUCAGCGCUUCGGCUUCCAGUUCUCCUCACCACAGGCCACACCUCUGGCUACCAGCCACUCGCUCUCAGCUCCACCUCCGGACGAGUCCGUAGAGCCGAGUGGCCCGUACCCAGAGCUUGUAGGCUGCCUCAUGUACCUGAUGACUUGCACGCGACCUGACCUCGCGUACCCACUUAGCAUCCUUGCUCGCUACGUUGCGCCUGGGAGACACAGGCGAGAGCACUGGGAGGCUGCUAAGAGGGUGCUGCGUUACUUGUGCAGUACAUCAGGCAUGGGGUUGGUGCUUGGAGGACACGACAGAGUUGUCCUCACUGGUCACUCGGACGCUUCUUGGGUGGACGACCUGGCUACGCAGCGGUUGUCACAGGGUUACACCUUCAGCCUUGGCUCUGGUUCUGUCUCGUGGCGGUCCACCCGCUCUUCUUCUGUUCUUGGCUCUAGUUGUGAGGCUGAGAUCUACGCCACAGCCAUGGCUGCACAGGAGUUACGCUGGCUCACCUAUCUGCUGACUGACUUGGGAGAGCGGCCUAGUUCUCCUCCAGUUCUGUACGGUGACAACAAGGCGGCUCUUGCCUUGUGUCAGGAGCACAGACUGGAGCACAGGACGAAGCACAUUGCUCUUCGCUACUUUCUUGCUCGAGAGCUUCAGCAGCGCGGUCAGCUUCGGCUUGUGUACGUGGACUCGAAGGCCAACACUGCUGAUAUCUUCACCAAGGCACUCCCGCCUAGUGAUCAUCAGCGACACUGUACUUCUUUAGGCCUUGUGUCCACAUUCCCUCAUUUGCUUACUGCUUGA